AUGGGGGAAACUCUCCACCGCCCCUCAGCCGCCACCGCCGCCGCCGGAACCACCUCCAUCCCCUUCCACCACCACCACCACCCCCACAGCGCGCCCAAGAAUCUUCAAUUCCGCCCCCCGCCCCCCGCCAAACCCCCGACCGUCUCCCUCAAAUCCCCGGACGGCGAGGCCCCCCCGUCCGCCUCCGCCGCCGCUCCAGCGGCUCUCCCUCCGGAGAAAACCCAGAUCCAGGAUCUCCUCCUCUAUCUGGACUCCCUCGGCGUGGACUCCCUCCGCUGCCUCCACUCCUACCCGCCGCUCCUCUCCGCGCCGCUCCCCCAGAUCCGGUCCACCGUCGACUUCCUCCUCUCCCUCGGCGUCACCGCCCAAGACCUCCGCCGCGUCCUCCCCAUGUGCCCGGAGCUCCUGACCUCCCCCACAUCCUCCGUCGUGGUCCCCGCGGCCACGUUCCUCCUCCGCGAGGCCGGCGUACUUGCCGCCGACCUCCGCCACGUCAUCCACCGCCGCCCCCGCCUCCUCACCUGCAGCGUCGACCGGAGGCUCCGCCCCACGCUCUACUUCCUCCAGGGUACCAUCGGCAUCGAGCAAGUCUCCAAGUGGGCCCCACUGCUGUCUUGCUCGGUCGAGGACAAGUUCGUCCCCCGGAUAGAAUACAUGCAGCGGCUCGGGUUUCCCUACAGGGACACUAUUGCCAUGUUUAGAAAGUUCCCUUCCCUCUUCUGCUACAGCAUAAAGGAGAACUUCGAGCCCAAGUUCGACUACUUUUUGGUGGAGAUGGGUCGGGAGAUGAAGGAGCUUGUGGCCUUUCCGCAGUACUUCUCGUUCAGCCUGGAGAACAGAAUCAAGCCCAGACACAGGGCUUGCAUGGAGAAAGGCAUUUACCUGCCAUUGCCCACAAUGCUGAAAUCGCCCGAGGCUAAGUUUCGGGAGAGACUUGAUUUGUGCUACAGUUCGUCUUUGCCGGUGAGAGAUUCUCCUCUGUGGCGCACGAAUGUAGAAACCGACAUUGAUGAUAAUGUGACUUAG